UGAAAUACGCUCUUCAUUGAAAUCAUUACCGUGUUCUGCGAGCUGAAGAAUUGCCAGUUCAGCGGGAUGGUUGUGAUCAAGCAAGAUGCCACGCUAUUUGACUCCAGCUCGCGUCUGCUUACUGGCGCUGAUUCACAUAUAUCAAUCAAGACAAACAUCUUCAGAAUCAAGCCUUGACGUGCUGGAUUUCAUCGCUCAGCAUGUAGUGACGAGCCCUGAGGGAGACGACAUUGAUGACAUCGAACACAUCGCAAUAGCACAGUCCUGUCUGUCUACCUUUACCGCAAAGUUGCAUCAAUGGGCAUCUGAGGUUCCCGGCCGAAGUGUGAACGACGUGCUCCUGCAAUUUUUGUGGGCGAUAAACGGCAUUGAUGCACUCAACGAACUAUUCACAACACUUCGUGCGAGUGUUGCGAGUACUUCUGGCAUCACGACUGAGGGUAGACGACUGACGCCAGCUUCUCCGCUUGGACAAUUCGUGCGUCGUUGUUAUGUAGAGUACACGCGACUUCCAUUCGCAGACGUGCAAAACCUGUGGAACGUGUUUGUCGAUUAUCGGGCACCUUCAUACGAUGAUUGGGCAGGUAGAAACCCACAUGCAGCGAUGGCUUUAGAGAACGAUAAGUCACCAUGGGAGAACUCUGCCACUCUGCGCCGCAUGCGAGAUGCUGAUAUCAACGAGCACGCCUGUGUAAGUGCGCUGGAUACGGAGAAUCUACUCGGCUUUGCAGUUCAUCAAUUGCAAAAGCUCGGUACGCGCGUGCCCACGGACGUAAGGAGCCGCUUGCAGACAUGGAUACGUGAACAGUGUGAACCGGGCUCACAGCCAUUACAAUACUUCAUGGCCUUCUUCGAGAAUUGGCGAGCUGGUCAGUAUACUAUGGCGCUGGAAAGCCUCCACCAAUACUUCGACUACUCUCUCGCCGCGCGGACCGGAUCAGACACGAUGAGAGUCUUCUACCAAUAUGCACUUUUACAUUUGAGCGUCCUGCACGCGGAUUUCGAGUGUUGGAGUGAGAGUAUCGAUGCGAUGAAUGAAUGUAUAGCUACAGCGCGAGAGAAUCAAGACACGGCUUGCUUGAAUUUCGCCCUUUCAUGGCUACUCUACCUGCGACACGCUCAUCCUAACAGGGGUUCGUCGUAUGGUAAUGUGUCCAGUGUCCUUGGUGGAAGCGGGAACGAACACGACGAGAUGGCCUUCCUGAAGCAAAAGGCCAAGGACUCCAGGAAUUGGAAUCUACUCAGUGGAACUUUGCUUCAGGAAGCAAGCCUUGAGAUGUGCACCGGUGUUGGUAUCGGGCGCUCACAAGAGCAUCUCUUGCAGGCUCGUUAUGUUAACAUGCAGCACGACGUAUUGAACAUGGGAUUGGCCACGGCUGUGUUACAAGGCGCGAGCUUCGAGCGCAUGGGACAAAAUCAUCUCGCACGCCGGACCUAUGAAGUCUCAAACACCGUUCACAAAGCGCGUGCGCCAGUCAAAGAUUUCGUCUACUCGACUUGUCGCUUGAUACACUCUCUUUCGCUUAUGGGAAACUUCACUCGGGCCCUGAAUAUCCUCAGCGAUUUGUUUCCCAUGACUAGAGGAGUCCUCAAGUUGGAGCAAUAUAUUCUCGGGGCAGCGAUGCUUGUGCAGCUCAGACGAAGUCUCCACCGGGAUAAUCGGGAGUCUGCACGAGACUACUUGUUCCAGCUUCGUCCACUCAGAGAAUUUGGUGAUCCAGAAAUGAUAUUUCAGGUCAAUCUUCUCGAAAUCGACUUCCACAUUCGCAUCAACGAACUCGAGGUUGCCAUGCAGCUGGUCACGAAGCGCCUCAAGGAAGUUGAAGACGCUGGAUCUGACGUGGCAGAACGUCUGCUUUUGCACGACUUGAAGAUCCGCAUUUACGCCAAGAGCGGACACGCGAGCAAAGGAUUUACUCUUGCUCUACGCACAGCAUCCAUUGCUGAGCGGCACUUCCUUUUGCCUAUCCUGUUCAAGGUUGUCCACGGAAUAGUCGUCAUUUUGCUCGACCAGACCGAGUAUGAAGCCGCCAAAGAAUUGUGCGAAGCGGCACUCCCAAAGGUUUUGCAGUCCGAUGAUCUCGACUUGCGUGCCAAGCUUUUUGUCACGAUAGGUGAGGCAUACGUCGGCAUUUCUCAUUCACAUCCACAAAACUCGAGCGAGCGGAAACAAUGCCUGCGAGUUGCGCAAGGAUAUAUCGAGCGUGGUCGAGAAGCCUUUGCCGAGUUGGAGGACUUUUGGGGCAUGCUCGAUUGUCUCGCGAUGAAGGGUCGACUUGCCAGAGUUCUCGGUGACGAUACUUCAACUGCUCAAGCCGAUGAGAUGUACAAUCAAUUAAUGCAAAAUAAAGAGCGCGACGAUGCUUGAUGCUUGAUGCAUAGGCUCGUCGCAGCCCUGAAGGACAACGUCACGCCAGCCUCACUCUUCAGCUCGACAUCAACACAAUGGUGACGACUCAUGGUUCAGCUUCGUAUUUCCAAAUUUCAACAGG